AUGGUUGUUGCUUAUAUAUCUGCUAAUAUGAAUUCAGUUUCGGUUCUUAAUGAUUUUAGUACCUCUGAACAUAGGAAACUUCAUGAGAAGUGGGAUCACUCAAAUCGCAUGAGUCUUAUGAUCAUUAAGUGUGACAUUCCUGAGGUCUUUAGGGGUACUGUUUCAGAUGAUAUAACAAGUGCCAAAGAAUUCCUUGCUGAAAUUGAAAAGCGCUUUGCAAAAAGCGAUAAGGCGAAAACAAGUACUCUUCUUCAGAACUCGAUUUCCAUGAAGUAUCAAGGCAAAGGAAAUAUAAGGGAAUACAUUAUGGGAAUGUCAAAUAUUGCUUCAAAAUUAAGGGCACUAAAGCUUGAGCUGUCAGAAGACUUGCUUAUUCAUUUAGUGUUGAUUUCUCUACCUUCACAGUUUAGUCAGUUUAAGAUCUCUUAUAACUAUCAGAAGGAGAAAUGA